AGACGUCAUAUUUGUGCGACCAUCCGGGAAGUCAGCCACUGGAGCCAAAAUGGCGGUGAACUGGAGCGAAGCAGCAGAUGUCGGUUAACGGGAAAAACGGAACAGUUUGACACCUGAAACUACCGAAAGAACAACCGUGUUGUUGACGGCGAGUCAUCAGAGGAACCGAGCCACAGUCCGGCCGCAGUUAGAUGUGCGGUCAUGGCGGAGCGGCAGGUGGGGAGCACAUGGAAGAAACACAUCGCUGAGCAGCUGAAGCUCAGAGACCGAGUGCAGAAACACGCCUUCGAGGAGAUCGUCCACCAAUAUCUUCAUCUGCUGGAGAAGUCGGACCUGCAGGCUGUUCUGUCGGAGAGAUAUCAGACUGAGAAGUAUGACAUCCAGAGAGGACACGAGGCCAGUUCGGGGGCGGACUCGGGCCGCUGUGACGUGCUGCAGCAGGAAAUGGCUCAGAUGAGAAUCAAACACCAGGAGGAGCUGACGGAGCUGCACAAGAAACGAGGAGAGCUCGCUCACAAUGUGAUCGAACUGAAAAACCAGAUACAAGAGAAAGACAAAGAGAUCCAGAGCAACGAGGCCAUGAUGUUGGAGUAUCAGCAGCAGAUCGCUAAGCUGGAGGGAGACUGUCGGGAGCUGAGGAGCUUCCUGCAGGACCUGGAGAGAGCGAACCAGACCCUGAAGGACGAGUACGACGCUCUGCAGAUCACCUUCAGCGCUCUGGAGGAGAAGCUGAGGAAAACCACGGAGGACAACCAGGAGCUGGUGUCCCGCUGGAUGGCUGAGAAGGCUCAGGAGGCGAACCGGCUCAACGCCGAGAACGAGAAGGACAGCAGACGCAGACAAGCCAAACUACAGAAGGAGCUGGCCGACGCCGCCAAAGAGCCUCUGCCCAUUGACCCGGACGACGACAUCGAGGUUCUGGCAGAGGAUGCUGGGAAAGGAGGCGGAGAGACGUCACCGAACCGACCGCUCAACAGAACUCCGAGUAAGAAGGUCUCCCAGCCUCCCCCAGGUGGUCUGCUGGACUCCAUCUCCAACAUAUUUGGCGUGUCUGAGUGUGUUCAGCCUGGACUCGUCCCACCGCACUCCAGGCGUCGAACCGCCAACUCCUUCAGCACGUCACCAGAAAGCACCGAGGCUCCGUCGGGCGUGUGCGCCGAGGUUCGGGUCCCGUGCACGGCGCUGCACGUGUUUGAAGCCCACGAUGGCGAGGUGAACGCGGUGAGGUUCAGCCCCGGCUCUCGUCUCCUAGCAACAGGAGGGAUGGACCGCCGGGUGAAGCUGUGGGAGGUCGUCUCAGGUCGCUGUGAGCCUAAAGGAGCUCUGACCGGCAGCAACGCAGGAAUCACCAGCAUCGAGUUUGACAGCGCUGGCUCGUACCUGCUCGCUGCCUCCAAUGACUUUGCGAGUCGGAUCUGGACGGUAGACGACUACAGACUGAGGCACACACUGACGGGUCACAGCGGGAAGGUUCUGUCAGCUCGCUUCCUAUUGGACAACGCUCGAAUCGCCUCCGGAAGCUACGACCGAACGCUCAAGCUGUGGGACCUCCGCAGCAAAGUCUGUAUCAAGACGGUGUUUGCUGGUUCCAGCUGUAACGACAUCGUCUGCACGGAGCAGUGCAUCAUGAGCGGACACUUUGAUAAGAAGGUUCGCUUCUGGGACAGCAGAGCGGAGACUAUAGUGCAGGAGCUGGAGCUGUUGGGCAGAGUCACGUCUCUGGAUCUGAACCACGACCGCACUGAGCUGCUCACCUGCACCAGAGACGACCUGGUUAAGAUCAUCGACCUGCGCUCCAACGCCGUCAGACAGACGUUCAGCGCUCAGGGCUUCAAAUGUGGAGCCGACUGGACCAGAGUCACCUUCAGUCCUGACGGCAGCUACGUGGCCGGCGGAUCAGCUGACGGAGCUCUGUACAUCUGGAACGUUCUGACGGGGAAACUAGAAAAAACUCUGGACCGAAACCACAACUCUGCCAUCAACUCGGUGUCCUGGUCGCCGUCAGGAGCGUUCGUCGCCAGCGUGGAGAAAGGCAGCAAAGCCAUUCUGUGGUCUGACAUGUGAUCGGAGCAGCUGGAGGACUGUUGGCCUGUCAGGCGCCGGAUGUUCGAGGAAAUCUGUUAGUUGGGUGGAGCUUGGACACAGUUGUUGUUGAACGCAGCAGCACACUCGGACUGAAGCUGUGUGUGUGUGUGUGUGUGUGUGUGUACAGAUCUCCAUCAGGCGAGCUCAUUGUUCUGCCUUCAUGUGGACAUGUUGAACAUGAAGACUGUGCUUGAACCAGAUGUUUAACUUCUGUCUGUGUCGAGGGGGGGGGGGGGAGGCGUUCAGAGGCUUUUAAUGUUCCAGAAAAUUCAGACGUUUAAAUUCUGAGAGGAAAAAGUUUACUCUGGAAAGAAGGAAGAACCACUCGAUUUUUGAAGACGCUUCACACGACUCGACUGUCCUCACUCGUGUGUUUCUGUGUGUUUGGAUCAAAGCUGUUCAUCAAGAAUAAAAUCCAAAUAAUACCUGUUGAUAUUUAUCUCUGAAGCUGUCUGGAUGCUGGUUUGUCUGCGGUUGUCUGUGUGACUGUAGUGAGGAGAAGCAAGCAGCAGCAGCACCUCCGGAUCAGCCAGUCGUCGUGCAGCAGAUCCAGCGAAUGUCGUCGUAUUUUAAACACUGAAUGAUUCUGAAAGUCGUGUUUCCUCUCUGCCGCCUGUAGGACCUUCAUGUCGGUGCAGUGGAACUUUAAAUACUGCAGCACUUUAGGAAAAUCAAACCCUGACAUGUGCACUUAAAGCAGAGAGAUGAAAAUAAAACCUGUUUUUGUUUUGUCUUUUGUCAAAGUUUAUGAAGAUAUUCUGAGAGUAACCAGUGAUUGAAUGUUGUGUUCAGGUACCUCUGAGUUGAUGCUUACACGAUAAUAAACACACUAACACACAGA